UACAUGACACGAUAUACAGGUGGGACAAGUCUAAAGUUUCUAUACAAAUCUGCCCAAGUUUGAACUUUCAGAAGGUAGACAUUAGGUUCAGAAUUUUGGUGCGGUUGGGAUGCCAGACAUGCCGAGGGGAGAGAUCUAUGCAGAACCACAAAGACUUAUGUUUUCUGGUGAGUCGAGAUACCUGAACUCGCUUUGGGUUUCUGGAAAUGAAGAUCGAUCUAGCUCAACUACCAUCGGUUUGGAACUUGGAGCUGCUAAUAUUGACCCACAUAAUAAGAAAAUACAGGACAAGAUAGAGGCUGCAUUAAAGGUCGUAACGUUCCGGGAGCAACAUGUUCUGGUCCAGUUUUGGGGGCCUCAUGAGUUUGGGAAGCACCAAAUACUUACAACUCUAGGUCAACCAUUUGGUGUUGGUGUACAUGAUGCAGGGCUUAGUUUGUAUCGGCGGGAUUCUGAGGGGAGAUCUUUUGUUGUGGAUAAGGAUCAUGAAGAAGAGGACUGUAGUCCUACAGCUCGAGUAUUCAGACGGGGAUUGCCAGAGUGGACACCUGACGUAACUAAUUACAUGCCAAAACAUUUUCUGCAACAAGAGUGUGCGAUUCGUUGCAAUCUCCAUGGGUAUUUGGCUUUACCGGUUUUUGAUUCAAAUGCACCGUUAUGUGUUGGUGUGCUUGAGCUCUUGACGUCUUCGAAGUACACGAGUUAUGCUUAUGAGGUUCAACAACUUCACAACGCACUUGAGACAGUAGAUCUGAGAACCACACAAGCAUUUGGUUGUCCUGCCUUAAAUGUUCUUAAUGAACGCAGGAAAAAUGAUUCCGAUAAAAUCUAUGGGAUUCUGAAAACGGCGUGUGACAUCCACGGUUUACCUCUUGCUCAGACAUGGGCUGUGUCUGAACACAGUAGUUUUGUUUCCCAUGAAAAGGUUAUACAGAAGAGCUGUGGUAGUUUUGACACUAGAUGUGUUGGCAAAGUCUGCAUGUCAAGAGCCGCUCUACCUUUUCAUGUUCAAGACCUGGGCGUGUGGCCUUUCUCGAAAGUGUGUAGAGAACGACACCUGGACGGGUCCCGUGGCUAUGUUGGCAAGGCGUUGUUAUCCCAUGGUUCAUGUUUUUGUGGAGACGUAACCAAACUCGGUGAAGAAGAGUACCCUUUGGUCCACCAUGCACGCAUGAACGGUUUGACCAGCUGCUUCGCAAUCUUCUUGCAUAGUGUUGAAGCCAAUGAUUAUGUGUUGGAGUUCUUUCUACCGCCAGACAUCAAAGAAUGCGGAGGCGUACUGAACUUGAUGCAAACAUUGAAACAGAAGAUUGAAAUAGCUUCUGGAUUUGAACUAGGUGACAGUUCACGUAUACAAGUUGUGGGACCACCUACAAACAUCGCUAGAUCUUUAAGCAUAGACGCUCAUACUAUCCAGAUAUCAUCAAUCACAACAACAAAGAAUGACAAAUUCGAGACCGUUACAUCAGAUUCAGAGUCAACCAUGGUAAAUAUAGCUAAUAAAACCGAGUCUUCUGCAAACGUACCGAACCAAUGCCCACCCAAACAAAUUCACCCUGAUAAAUUCAGUCAUAUUAUCACUGGCACAGAAAACAACAUUAAUGUAGUUGGUGCAAGAAAAAACGAGAUGAUUUCCUAUCCCAGUGUGAGUAUGCAAAAAACGAGCGAUAACAUUACUGAUGCAGGAGAAAAAAACAACCGUUUAAAACAAGGUAGGAAGCGUAAAAUAGACUCUCUAACAAUGGAGGCAGUCGAAAAAUACGUUGAAAAACCAAUAGAUGAAGCUGCCAAGAGCCUUGGAGUUAGUCGGUCUACUUUGAAGCGUUUUUGUCGAGAGCAUGAUAUGCCAAGUUGGCCAUUGCCAAAGCACAGCAAAAAAACUGUUCAUACUACCGACUUAAAACCGUCACCAAAAGCAUGGACGAAGCAAAACGUGCAAUGGCAUUCAAAUAAACGUUUUCGUUUUGCUUUUGUUGUGUUCCUGAUGGUAAGGGUUAAGAGGUGGAGUUGUUCAAUAAAAAGCCAUGGAGUUUCAGGCAAGUGGUGGAGUUGUGGCAGGCAUAGCUAUCUUCCUUCUAAAUCAGAUUUUAUAUACCAAGCAGCACGUCUGUUCGUGCUGUUGAGACGGUGGAAAAAUAAGAAUUCAAUGAGGAAUACAUUACGUAGUGGUGAUCACCCUGCUGUGAGUGAGAGCACAACAAAACCCAAAUAUACAAUAAACAUUAUAAACCCGUAUUCGUGUGUUGUAGAAUCUACUCUUGUUCAUGCAUCCCCAAAACAGACUGUGACCAAUAUCUCAAAUAUAAAGAUGGUGACAGUGAAGGCAACUUUUAAUGAAGAUAUGAUAAAGUUCCAGUUCCCUACUUCAUCGGGUCUUUUGGAACUGGAACACGAAGUGGCACGAAGGAUUAAGUUAAAAACUAGAAGGCCUCGUUUAAAAUACAGGGAUGAAGACAAUGACCUGAUACUCCUUGCUUGUGAUGCGGAUUUACACCAUCUUUUAGAGUUUGCAGCUAAUCACAGUCCUAUCAGAUUAGUCAUUGUGGCUGAUGAUUAAUUAAUUACAAAAAUUGUCAUAUGGAUGUAUCAUGUGUUUUACAGUAUUCUUAGAACUCAAUUGUAUAAUACUUGAGGUUAAUGUAACAUCCCGAUCCGAAAUUUUUAGUAGCAGCAGCAUAUCAGUUUUGUAUUUGAAUUAGAAUUAUGAUUUAUGCAAGCAGCAACAGAUUUUCGUU